GCAAUUUUAAGGCUGUCACUUUUAAAAAAAUGGCGGCAAAAAACGAAACUAUUUUAGACGGUUUUACGUUCCACGUUUUUUGCUUGAACAAUCAAAAGUCUUUACUUUACUAAUAUGACUGCCAGAGAGGAAACCUACUAGAAAGUAUCAUCCCUAAUAAAACAUCUCGUUUCUCACUGACAAUUCGUUAUUACCAAGAUGAAAUGCUGUCAUUAUAAAAGUGGACCAGAUAUCAAGACAUGAUUUCCCAUCGAUCAACAUGAUUAAGAAGCUAUCAGAUACAUGGAGACAACAAAAACACAGGCCAGCAAAUAACCGAGAUGGUAAUAGAAGGAAUCAGUCAAAAAUACAUCUUGGUAAAAACGUUACGUCAUCUUUGCUCAGACCUUCCAAUGGAAAUGAUGAUAACAAGGCUGCACUAGAUAAAGUUAUUGUAUCGCCGCCAAUUAAAGUAAAGGAAGAUACAAUGGCUUUGGGAAUAUCAUCGUUGGAUUGGGGUACAAGUGAUUCAUUAAUUGAGCAAAUUAAAACGCCAGGUGAAAAGUUGACUGAAAAGGAUAUUCAAUCGUCAGCUGACUUAAUAAAGCCACGCUUUACUCAGUUGUGUAAAAAAACUGGCAUAUCGAGCAUCCUUUCUCCUGUUGGUGUUGCUAAAUCUAUCAGCCAAACAUCCACUCCUAUACCAAUUGUUAAUGAACAGUCUGCACGAAAAAAAGAGACAAAACAAAGCUUUUCGAACGAUAAAAUUAAAACCUCUAGACAAUCUGGUCCGAUUUUAAAAGAUGGUGAAAAAUCAAAAAGUUUGGAUGAAAGUUUAAGUCUCUCCAACUGGAGUUUACCUGAAAGUGUCCUGGCAGUAUAUAAAGAGAAAGGUAUCGAAAAAAUGUUUUCCUGGCAACAAGAAUGUUUGUUGACUGGCUCUGUGAUGGAAGGAGGUAAUUUAGUUUAUUCAGCACCUACUAGCGCAGGAAAGACAUUAGUGGCUGAAAUACUCAUGCUUAAGCGCGUUUUUGAAACGAAGAAAAAAGCUGUGUAUAUUUUACCGUUUGUUAGCGUGGCUAGAGAAAAGAUGUACAGCUUGAGGGAACAAUUUGAGGAAGCUGGGGUAAAUGUUGGUGGAUUUAUGGGCAGCGAAUCUCCUGCAGGAGGGUUCGCUGCUGUAGAUAUUGCGGUCUGUACCAUCGAGAAAGCCAAUUCCUUAGUAAAUCGGCUAAUGGAAGAGAAGAAACUGUCCUCCCUCACGUGUGUAGUUAUUGAUGAAAUGCACAUGAUUGGAGAUCCAAACCGAGGCUAUUUAUUGGAACUUCUCUUGACAAAAGUCAAUUUCGUAGCAUCUAGUACGUUAAGCACUGAUAGUCAACCGAUUCAGUUGAUUGGAAUGAGUGCAACGUUACCGAACCUCGAUAUGCUUGCGUCAUGGUUGAACGCAGAUUUGUAUUUUACAGACUUCAGACCUGUUCCUUUAAGCGAAAGAAUCAAAGUUGGCGCUCGUCUUUUUGAGCAGGAUAACAAAGAGGUUGACAGAGUUAAAGAUCUAGGUCCUAUAAAUGGUGACAACGAGGGAAUCAUUCCGCUUUGUGUGGAUACAAUAACAGAAGGGAACUCUGUUUUGAUAUUCUGUCCAACCAAAAUCUGGUGCGAAAAACUUUCAAACACGAUCGCCUCGUAUUUUUCCAUGAAUCCUCAUUUACUAGAUAAAAAAUCACAUUGCUUUAAAAAAACGUUGGAAGUUAUACAAAAUAACGAUGAAUCUUAUUUUGACGCCGUCCUCGAUCAACUUCGACGUUCGCCUGUUGGAUUAGACGAGACGUUAGAAAAGGUUGUAAAAUAUGGAGUGGCUUUUCAUCAUGCUGGCCUCACAUACGACGAGAGAGAUAUUUUGGAGGGUGCGUUCAAGCGUGGUGUUUUGAGAGUGCUUGUGGCUACCUCUACUUUAUCAUCUGGUGUCAAUCUUCCAGCACGACGAGUCAUCAUCAGAUCUCCGAUGUUUCAUGGGAAGCUUUUGGAUUCUCUUGUGUACAAGCAGAUGGUUGGUAGAGCAGGGCGUAAGGGCGUUGACACGCACGGAGAGAGUAUUUUAGUGUGUAAAAAUACUGAAAAACAGAAGGCGCUCGGCUUGUUAAACUCUCAUUUAAAGCCCGUGUACAGUUGCUUACUUGGUGUUUCUGCUGGAGCAAAGGAGUUCAAGAGUAUGAAGCGAGCCUUGCUAGAAGUUAUUGCUGCAGGCGUGGCAGUAACACCAGCAGAUGUGGAACGAUAUGCUCAGUCUACAUACCUUCACACGUGUCUUUCUGUUUUGGAGGCGUAUGAUGCCGAGGGAGCUAUUCAUUGUACUAUGAAGUUUUUGUUAGAAAAUGAAUUUAUUUCUUUACGGAAUGCUAAGCAUCAACAGAGUGUUGAGGAUGAGCCAGAAAGAUAUUUUUCCACUCAACUUGGUGCUGCCACACUUGCGUCUUCUUUAUCACCUGAUGAAGCUUUGGUUGUUUUUUCAGAACUUCAGAAGGCGAGAAAAUCCUUUGUGCUGGAGAAUGAGUUGCACGUGAUUUACCAGAUUACUCCCAUAUAUCUUCAAGACCAAUGGCCUGAUCUCGACUGGUAUGCUUAUUAUAACAUGUGGGAACGUUUACCUGCGCAAUCCAAAUACGUCGGAGAGGUGGUGGGUGUGCAGGAGAGCUUUCUUGCGAGAGCUGUUCGUAACAGGAUUCAAACGAGAACCGAAACUCAGCUGCAGGUACUACGUCUUCAUCGUAGGUUCUACGCUGCGUUAGUAUUGCAGGAUCUGGUGAACGAAGUUCCUCUACCUGUUGUAAGCAGACGUUAUAAAAUAAACAGAGGACUUUUACAGUCUCUUCAAAAUUCAUCUUCCACUUUCGCUGGAAUGGUGACAGUGUUCUGUCAAAAACUGGGAUGGACUUGUAUCGAGCUGUUGCUUGACCAAUUUCAGAGUCGCCUCUCGUUUGGUGUAAGCCGGGAGCUGUGCAACUUAGUUCGGAUACCUCUGUUAAAUGCGUUCAAAGCUCGUGCUUUUUACGACAGCGGAUACCAAUCUGUGAGUGCGUUAGCGUAUGCUAGCAAAGACGACAUUGCUAAGAUUCUUCGUGAUUCUGUCCCGUUUGAAAGUAAACAGACAGCAAACGCAAAGACAUCGGCUUCGAGAUACAUUUGGCUGACCGGUAAAGAAGGAUUGACAGAACACGAAGCAGCUGAGCUUAUAAUUGCUGAGGCAAAACGGAUUUUAAACGCAGAUGCAGUAGCCUUAGGAAUUCCUAUGGAGCACGUUGCUAUGGUAACGAACACGUCAUUAACUCAUCGACGAUCUUCAAAUGGAAGCUCUAGAUCAAGUUCUUCUGCGAAGAGAAAGUCAAGUCGAAAUUGUAUUAAUGUCAGUGUGAAGAAGAAAAAGAAAACCCACAGAAAAACCCGUUCACCAUCGGUGGAUGGUAAGCUGGAAAGUGAUUCAAACAGAGAGAACUCGUGCGAGAGUAACAAUUCCGGCAGUAGUAAACAAAAUUUACGAACUCCACAGGUAAUUGAUAUGACCACAAUUCAACCAUUGACAGAAGUGAAAUCUCAACGCAAAUCUGUAGAUCAAUUUUCUGAUCAGGAAGCCAGCUUUGAACUCCUAAAUGGUUCUGACUGUUUAAUCAAUAGUCCUUCACCUUUAGCUCGCGAAAACAUUGCGAAAAACGUUUCCGAAGAAAACAAAACUCAAUUACCUAUCGCAGAGAGAAACAAUUUAACCAUUCCUGUUGAAUCUUCAAAGCAGGGCGAUGAAUCGAAGCGAGAUAUGAUAGACGUGUCUAAUGACUCCAUGUUGUUUGUUCCUGGAAAUCUUCUUGAACCACACGUGGCAAAAAGUACCUCGCCUGUUGAUAAUAAGCUGACUAAGAACGAAACUUCUUCCGAAUCUCUGUUUGAUUUUUCAUUAAGAGUAUCAGUAUCUGAUGAACUAUCUGCAAUUGAGGAGAACUUUGUGCCACCUAUGAAUUUGAAGUGUGAGUUUGAUGAAGCUUCCAGUCAAAAACGCAACAGUGUAAAAUAUGGAACACGCGAAAACAAAGCAGAUAAUGUAUUUGAGGCCAUCAGUUUAACAGAUAGUCUGAUGAUCUCACAAGAACUAAAGGUAGACGAGAAGACGUUACUGUUCACUGCAGCGUCAAGAACACGAGACGAUAUAGAAAGGUCAGUUGUCGGUCACGAUGAAGUCUUCUCAGGUGAAUUUAUCAUUAUCGACGUUGCGUCAUCGAAAGAGCUUUUCCUCACAUUUCUUCAAGAAUGGAAGAACCAGAGUUGCUUCAGUUUUUGUUUUGCAUGUGAAAGUAUCCCGAAAACUUCGAACACUUGUAUAAUUGGAAGAAAAGGGAAAAAUGAGAUCCAAAAACUCGAUACUGCAGUCGUAAAGAGCGGGUAUGUUUACGAAAACGACGAGUUUCGAGUUGUUGGGGUUGCUUUGUGCUGGGGGCAGAAGGAUGCUUACUACAUCAACUUCGAGCCCAAUCCUCCUACUCAAGUAGAGUUGGAUGACACUUCUCUUCCUCCAGCUGUUUGUGCAGAGCUGUCGUUACCAUUACGUGUGAAUAAAACGAGAGCCGUUUUCAAGGAAAAUACAACGUCAGCAAAAAUUGUAAGUUUUGAUAUGAAGGAACAAAUGAAGCUUCUCUUUGAGUGUGUGGACUUUCUGCCCCCAGGCGAUUGCAUACAAGAUCCGAAAGUGGCAAACUGGAUGUUAAAUCCGGACGAACGUCAAAAGAAUUUACAUUCAUUAGUGAAGCAAUUUCUGUCGGAAGAUUUUAUUGCGCUAGCAGAAGCUGCUGGCGGAGGCUUCGGUACACGCGGUCUUGGACUGGUACCGCACUCCCCAGGUACAGGAAGAGUACGCGCAUGCGUGGAAGUUGUUUUGUGCUAUCACUUGAUGGAUGUGCUAUGGAAGAGAUUGAUCGACGAGAAUUUGUCGCAACCUUUCCUGCAGAUUGAAAUGCCUUCUAUAAGAAGUCUGGCUGUUUUAGAGAUCAACGGGAUUGGUUUUUCAAAUAGUCAGUGCGAACGCCUUAAAGAUACAAUGAAAGCUAAACUGGAGAGCAUCGAACGUGAAUGCUACCAGUUAGCCAAUCAAACGUUUUCUCUUACCAGCACUAAUGAUGUAGCAAGGGUUUUGUUUUAUGAUUUGGGGUUGCCUCCUAAUGGUAAUGUUGACGCAAUCGCUCCACCCAGGCAAACCCGCAGUAAAACUGGAGCAAAGACAAAAUAUCUGAGCACUUCUAAAGAGGUAUUAGAAAAGCUUGUCAAGUAUCAUCGAUUACCCAAACUAAUAAUAGAAUGGCGGCGUGUAAACAGUGCUUUAACCAAAGUUGUGUUUCCCCUGCAGCGGAAAAAAGCAACCGUGGCGUCCUUAGAAAUGGAUCGCAUAUUUUCUGAAGCACAAUACCACACGAGUACUGGCAGAGUGACUUUUACAGAGCCCAAUAUACAAAACGUUCCAAAAGAAUUUAACAUAAAACUUCCCGUGUUUAUCAGGGAGAGUCCACCCAUUGAAACAAAAAUGACCAAAAAGAAGCGAACUCACAAUAAGAGUUUGGUUUCGUCGACGUUUCGAACAAAAAUGGCGCCCGACCACGAUCCGAACGCAGAUUCGCCAGGCGAGGUGUUUGCUGUGAGUAUGAGAGGCCUAUUUGUGGCGUUUGAUGCAGCUGUGUUGGUGGCUGCAGAUUACUCACAACUGGAACUCAGGCUAAUUUCGCAUCUUUCUUCUGACGCCAAAUUAAUCAAAGUGUUGAACUCCUCAGCGGAUGUUUUUAAAAGCGUUGCAGCGGAAAUCCACCGCACGUCAUAUGAUCACGUCACAACGUCACAACGUCAACACGCUAAACAGAUUUGCUAUGGUAUAAUUUACGGAAUGGGACCGAAAGCGUUAGGUGAACAACUAAGUGUGUCUGAAGACGAGGCUGCGGUGUAUAUGCAGCAAUUUAAGGAUAGAUAUAACGGUGUAAAAACUUAUGUGAAAAAGACUAUCGAGUACGCUCGCAAUAAAGGUUAUGUUACGACUCUAUCUGGUAGAAAGAGGUAUUUAGCCGCGAUAAAAUCUGGAAACUUACAAGCCAAGGCACAAGCGGAGCGACAAGCAGUUAAUACGGUUGUUCAAGGCUCGGCUGCUGAUUUUGUUAAGAACGCUAUGAAUGCGAUUGAUCGGAAACUUACAAAAACAUUUGGACAUAGUUGUUUGGUGAAGAAUAAGAAAUGCGCCAAGCAGCGAGGAGCGUUUCUUGUGUUGCAACUCCACGAUGAGCUUAUGUAUGAAGUAAAUAGAAAGGAUGUAGAGACAGUAAAAAAUAUUAUACGUUUCGAAAUGGAGCAUUCCUUUGAAUUAAGCGUGAAGAUGCCAGUAAAAAUGAAACUGGGUACGAAUUGGGGAAAUUUAAAAGACCUAUGAAAUGUUUGUGUUGUGUUUGGAGCUAGAAUUGUGAUUUAUGUGUAAACAGAUUUAACCUGUAUAAUAUAUUUUUAAUUUCUGUAUAAUUAUUAUGUAAAAGGGCGCUUAAAAUUUCCCGUUUGAAGUUUUAUUGAAUGAAAUCGAACAGAUGACAUCACGGGUGUGAAGGUCUCCACCUCGUGUGUUAUUAAAUAUUCAUGUCGCUUUGUUGUAUGUGAUCUUCAAAUGCUUAUUAAUCUUUCACAGGGCUAAUCAUUAUACGAUUAAGCUGAUCAAAUUCUUUCGAUAUUAUAGUUUGUCAGGCUUCUUUGUUUUGCACAAAAUCGGUUUUGAACAGCUAUCACAAAAGCGCGCGAAAUUUUUCGAUAAUUUAAUUUGGUGUAUAUUUCCAAUUUAUUCAGAAUGAUUCAAUGUGAGUUUAAAAUAGAUGUUUUAUGACCGUUUAGAGUGUUUGUACGUGUGCUAGAAACAGGUUGCAAAGUAAUGCACAAAAAUUUACAACUUUUAAAUACCUAGAAAAAACAAAACUUCUCUACCCCUCCUCAGGAGCCUCAUUAUGAAAUUAUUUACCGUGCUUAUCAAUAUGUUAUAACCAGAUGUGUGAGAGGGCUUGAAUAAUGUAACUUUUUAUUUUUCAUUUUAUAUGUUAUCAUAAUGCUUCCCCCUCCAUUUUUAAUGUCAGAUGAACAAAAGGUUGUUGCAUAUUUUAUUUCAAUCGUAUAUAUACUUAAUUUUUCCUUCAUUGUGCUAAAUAAAGUUUUUUUCUCGAUCGAUAUGUUGUAACAGCUAACCAAAUGUUUUUUCGAGGAGGUCGUGAAUGAAAUUGUAUUCGUAGUGGUAGUAUUUCGUGAAUUUUCAUGAGUAAUGACUCAAUUUAUAUUUAUUUUGAAAUUAAUUAAAUUUGGUAAAUUUACUGUAAUCAUUUCUGGUUUUAUGAGAAGAAAAAUAUUUUUAUUCCUUGGCGAAA